CUGCAGCAGUUCCUGUUCUGAAAGCUGCGUCAACGCUUCUCAGACCAACUGUUCAGUGGAGUGCUGCAAACCUUCAGGCUGUCUCAAUGGCAGUUUUGCAUCCAUGAUGAUGACAACCCCAGCAAUGGCAACCACAAAAGAAGCAACAACCACACCAAUGGCUACAACCACAGCCAAACCGCAAACAACAGCAAAAACCGGAAACCAAUGCCAUCAAGGUAAAUGUACGGGUACAGACUGCUACAAGACUUUCAAAACUCCACAGACAUGCUCCUCUUCACAGCUACACUGUCAGCUGAAAAAGGAGACCGUAGGUUCCUCUAUGCAGUGGACAGCAAGUUGCACCACAAACUGUUCCGCUGAAACUCCAUGCAAGGCCACCACAAAACCUCCAUGUCAUCUUGAGUGUUGCAACGCCACCCUGACCUCCUGUCUCCGGUUGAACGGCACGCUGAAUGUCCCCAAUGUAGCCACAAGAGGGCCCCAUCUAAACACAGAAUUGAUAGCCUCCUUUCUUUGCAUGCUUGCCCUCACUUUGUUGCUUUAAGUGAGUGAGUCAAAACUUGCUUAGCUGCUGUGCGGGUCUUUAAGUAACCAGAGCUUUACGUAACUCACUGUCUAUCCAGAAAAGAAAGCUUAUCAGUGCAGAGGGUUAACAAU